CACAAAGUAUCUAAAAUGGGCUGUGGGGCUUCAAAAACAAAAGAAAAGAGAGCAAUGAAAAAAAUGAUGGGAGCCAUGGAAGCUAACAUGGAGGGACUCGAGAAGAUGAAGGAGGAACUGGUUAAGAUACAGAAGGAAGAGAUGGAGAGAAGGGAGAAAAUGCCCAAGGAAGAAAGAGAAAAGUUGGAAAAGGAGGAGAAGGAAGCGAUGGGAGGAAUGAUGAAAGCCUUUGGUGGCCUUCCUCAAGAAAUGCAAAGGUACGAGAGAUAACUGAUGGGCAUGAUUUCUUAAUAUAAUAGAAUAAUUUUGAGAACAUUUACUA